ACUUAGCUGAAAAUGAACUUGUUGUAGAUUUAACAGAUGAUAUUGAUAAUGAUAUAUCCACUGAUACAAAAGAUAAUAACAAUGCAUUGGCUAAUAUAAAGGAUGAUAAUAAUGCAUUGAUCAAUGCAAAAGACAAUAAUAAUGCAUUAGUUGAUAUAAAGGUUGAUAUAAAGGAUAAUAAUAAUACAUUUGCUAAUGCAAGAGAUGAUGAUUCAUCGACAGGUAUAAAAAAUGAUAAUUUAUUAGCUAAAGGUAAUUCAGAAACAGGGUUUUUAGAUGAUUAA